AUGGCAGCCAAGAUGGAGGAGGAAGACAAUCCUUUCAAGCUGCCCCCUGAUGACCAGAUCUUUGCCAUCCGGGAAAAGGAGCGGCAGCGUCGCGCCGAGGAGCGCGAGAAGGUCAAGCACCAGCACGUUUGGGAGAAGCUGACAUCAGCCUCCCGAAUUAGCCGGACUCGACGGGUAGAUGAUGGGGUCGACGAUGCGCAGGUGGCCGCCGAAGCUGCGCGGAAAGCGCGGUCAGAUCCCCGCCCUGAGGGCUUGGCCAUCGGCCGCGAUGCCCGCAGGGAGAAGGAGAACAUCGCAGACUUUGUUGCAAAGAAACGCGAGAUGUUCUUGGUUCAGAUGAGCCUAGAUGUCAAGAAAGCAGAGAUCCUGAAGCUGGAUGCCAGAGCGAAAGAUAAAGAGGAGGCUCUGAACAAGUCAAAGCAGAUGCUAGACAAGGAUGUCGAACGAUUUGAUGCCUUUCUUAGUAACAAUGAUGACAGGGCCCAUGACGCCAUGCAGAAGGCCGACAAAAUGGCCAAAGACAAGCAAGAUCGGGUCAUCCGAAUCAAGCAGCUGAAAUCACAACUGAGUGCAAUCCAGAGUGAGAUAGCUAAACAUCGAGAGCAGAAAGAUGAGUGUUUGAGGUUCAAGGACUUCCUUGUCAAUCUCACGCCGGCCGAGUGGAAGGAGCAGAAGCGGGAGGAGAAGAAGCAGCGCAAGCAGGAGCGACGACGGAUCGCCGUGGAUGCGCGAAUGGGAGAAAUCGAAGAGAAGAUGCAUGCCGAAAUCGAAUCUGAAGAGCAGGCAUUUAAGGAAAAAGAGGAGAAAGAGAAGAAGGGCCGCCGUCGCCAGAAGAAGACCGAGGAGGACGAGCAAAAAGAGAGAGACCAAAUGGAAGCACGCCGGCGCCGCAUUGCCAGAAAGUAUCCAACAAGGGACCAGGUGGAUGCGGAGUACAUUGAGUAUUCCAGCGGCGAAGAAAUGCCCUUGUAUUUUCAAGAGCCCAAGCAGCUCCUCGACAUUUUCACUUCGCUUGAAGAGUCCAAUCUUUUCCUCAUACAGAACUCCCAGGAUACAGAGCAAGCUCUGGAAGAGUUAGAGCAAAAGUUUGCAGCCAUGCGAAAAGCACGCGAGGCCAUGAGUAACAAGAUGAAGCUACAGAUCGGGCAGCUAGAGCGCCAGAUUUCGGAUGAGAAAAGCAAAUGCGAUGAGUUGAAGCAGGCAAUAUCGCAGAAGCAUGGCGGCUCCGAAAUCGAGGAUCUUCUGGAAAAGCUUGGCGAAGGGGUCCAGGAGGUGCACAGCAUAUGCACCCACGAGAACCAAGAUGAUGGCGACACCUUGCAGAUGCUGGCUCGGAUCGAGUCAAAGCUCGAGGAGUACCUUGCUUACCUGGACGAGGCGGAGGAGUCCGGGCUCGGAGCUCGCGUCUUGGCCGAAGAGCACAAGAAGGAGCGGCAGAGAAGGUUGGACCUGCGCAUGAGCCGCAAGUUGCAUCAAGAGAAGAAGAUCGAGGAUCGCUUGAAGGCAUCGUUGCAUCGAUCCCAGGCUCCUGUACAUAAGAAGGUGGGCAAGCAGAUCAUGUUCCGCUCCGCCCCGCUCUUCCAAGCGAGACGUGUCGUGCAAGAGGAUGAUGGCUACGAGGAGGCUGUUCGCGAGCACAAUAUCUUCGGAAUAUGGUUGGAUAAGGAAGGUGUCCCGAACGCCCAGCAACCAGAAAAAGCGGAAACCUGA